AUCACGGGAUCCACACCCCCUUCCCGUACGCUUGCUCAGGCCGUUCUGUGGAUGAGCUGAGUCCGCUGUCACUACACAGACUGCUAUGAUGGCCGUGGAGACCAUCACCCCAGACUGGGAAUUCGACCGCUUUGACGACGGAUCUACAAAGAUACACACUGAAGUGCAGCUCAAGAACUAUGUGAACUUCCUGGAGGACUACACCUCGCAGCUCAAGGGUAUCGAGGACGCGCUGGAUGAGUCCAUCGGGGAUGUCUGGGACUUCACUUUGGAUCCCAUAGCACUGAAGCUUCUCCCUUACGAGCAGUCAUCUUUACUGGAGCUGAUAAAAACAGAGAACAAGGUUCUCAACAAAGUCAUCACUGUGUAUGCAGCCCUGUGCAGUGAGGUUAAGAAGCUCAAAUAUGAGGCAGAAACAAAGUUCUACAAUGGCUUGCUGUACUAUGGUGAAGGAGUGUCAGACACUAGUAUGGUGGAGGGCGAAUCUCAGAUUCAGAUGGGCCGCUUCAUUUCCUUCCUGCAGGAGCUCUCCUGCUUCGUGUCCCGCUGCUUUGAGGUUGUGGUCAAUUUGGUCCAUCAGCUGGCCUCGCUCUACAGCAGCAGCAAGAAUGCAACAAAAAUAAUUGAGUCCUCUGGAGUACAUUUUCAGACAGUAUAUGAGCACCUAGGGGAGCUGCUGGUGGUCCUCAUGACACUGGAUGAGAUAAUGGAGAACCACGGCACCCUGAAGGAGCACUGGAAAAUGUACAAGAGGUUGCUGAAGUCUGUCCACCACAACCCAUCUAAGUUUGAAAUCCCAGAAGAGAAGCUAAAGCCUUUUGAGAAGCUGCUGCUGAAGCUGGAGGGGCAGCUGCUGGAUGGAAUGAUCUUCCAGGCUUGUGUGGAGCAAAGGUUUGACAACCCAGGAGAGGGUGUGACUGUUUCCAAAAAUAGCACUUUUGCUGAGGAAUUUGCCCACAAUAUACGCACAAUCUUCACAAAUGUGGAAUCUAAACUUGGUGAGCCGUCUGAAAUCGACCAGAGGGAUAAGUACGCUGGUGUCUGCGGCCUCUUUGUGUUGCACUUCCACAUCUUUCGUACGGUUGACAAAAAGCUCUACAAGGCUUUGCUGGAUGUGUGCAAAAAGGUCCCAGCAGUGACGCUGAUCGCCAACAUCGUCUGGUUCCCAGACACCUUCCUAGUGAACAAGGUCCCUGCGGCAGCUAAAGUGAUGGACCGGAAGAGCAUGCAGAGCCUGCGCUCGAUGCGCGAAGCCUCCCUGCAGCAGAGGGCGCAGGCUCUCCCAAAGGAUGUUCAGUCGUACUAUGUGUUUGUCACCUCCUGGAUGAUGAAAAUGGAGUCUAUAAUGUCCAAGGAGCAGAAGAGUGACAAGUUUUCUGAAGACCUAAGCAGUCGAUGUAACAUCUUUGUACAGGGAAUUCUCUAUGCAUAUGGAAUCAGCACUAUCAUCAAGACCACCAUGAACCUGUACAUGUCCAUGCAGAAGCCCAUGACCAAAGCCUCUGUCAAGUCCCUGUGCAGGCUGGUGGAACUUCUGAAGUCAAUCGAGCACACGUUCCACCGGCGCUCUGCAGUCGUGGCGGACUCCGUAGCUCAUAUCACGCAUCAGCUGCAGUCACAGGCACUCGCAGCCAUUGCAACAGCUAAGAAAAGGGUGAUCUCUGACAAGAAGUACAGUGAGCAGCGGCUAGAUGUGCUGUCAGCCCUGGUACUUGCCGAGAACGCCCUGAAUGGACCCAGCACCAAGGAGCGUCGGCUCAUGGUGUCCCUGGCACUCAGCGUGGGCACGCAGAUGAAAACAUUCAAAGAUGAGGAGCUGCUUCCUUUGCAGUUGGUGCUGAAGAAGCUGGAUCUUAUUAGUGAGCUCAGAGAGAGGGUCAAGGUUCAGUGCGACUGCGGUUUUCUCUAUUGGCACCGUGCAGUCUUUCCCAUCUAUCUGGACGACGUGUACGACCAUGCAGUAGAUGCAGCACGGAUACACUACAUGUUCAGUGCUUUGAGGGACUGUGUUCCCACCAUGCUGCAUGCCAAGCAUCUAGAGACCUGUGACCAGCUGCUGGAGAGCUACGACAAAGAGAUCAUGGAGGUCUUCAAUGAGCACUUGCUGGACAAGCUGUGUAAAGAAAUCGAGAAGGACCUACGUCUGUCUGUCCACACCCACCUCAAAUUGGAUGAUAGGAAUCCAUUCAAAGUGGGCAUGAAGGACCUGGCCCACUUCUUCUCCCUCAAGCCAAUACGCUUCUUCAACCGCUUCAUUGACAUUAAAGCUUAUGUGACACACUACCUGGACAAGACGUUCUAUAACCUGACCACUGUAGCCCUGCAUGACUGGGCAACUUACAGUGAGAUGAGGAGUCUGGCCAUGCAGCGCUAUGGUCUCAUGAUGACUGAGGCCCACCUACCGAGCCAGACCCUGGAGCAGGGUCUCGAUGUACUGGAGAUUAUGAGGAACAUCCAUGUCUUUGUCUCACGUUACCUAUACAACCUCAAUAAUCAAAUUUUCAUUGAGAGGACAAGUAACAACAAACAUCUGAACACCAUCAACAUCCGCCACAUUGCCAACUCCAUCCGUACCCACGGCACAGGGAUCAUGAACACCACGGUGAACUUCACCUACCAGUUUCUGAGGAAGAAGUUCUACAUCUUCAGCCAGUUCAUGUAUGACGAGCACAUCAAAUCCAGGCUGAUCAAAGACAUCCGAUUCUUCAGGGAGACCAAGGAUCAGACCGAUCAGAAGUACCCCUUUGAGAGGGCGGAGAAGUUCAACCGAGGGAUCAGGAAGCUGGGGAUCACCCCCGAUGGACAGAGCUAUCUGGAUCAGUUCAGACAACUCAUCAGUCAGAUAGGCAAUGCUAUGGGCUACGUGCGCAUGAUCCGUUCAGGUGGUUUACACUGCUGCAGCAGCGCUAUCAGGUUUGUCCCUGACUUGGAGGACAUUGUGAACUUCGAGGAGCUCGUGAAGGAGGAAGGCUUGUCUGAGGAGACACAGAAGGCAGCUAGGGUUUUGGACUCUGUCCUCAGCGACUUGACUAGUAACUCUGCUGAGGGGACAGAGUACUUCAAGAUGCUGGUGGGUGUGUUUGCCCCCGAGUUCCGCAGCGUGAAAAACAUGCACCUAAGGAACUUCUACAUGAUUGUGCCACCUCUGACUGUUAACUUUGUGGAGCAUUCCAUUGGAUGCAAAGAGAAGCUGAACAAGAAGAACAAAGGAGGAGCUGCUUUCACUGAUGAUGGCUUUGCCAUGGGGGUGGCCUACAUCCUGAAGCUGCUGGAUCAGUAUCAGGAGUUUGACUCGCUACACUGGUUCCAGGCAGUGAGGGAGAAGUACAUGAAGGAGAUGAACGCAGUGGUCAAAGAGCAGAAUGUGCAGGCCACCAGCCAGGACGAGAAGCUGAUGCAGACCAUGAACCUGACCCAGAAGAGGCUGGACGUCUACCUGCAGGAGUUUGAGCUGCUUUACUUCUCCCUGAGCAGCGCCCGCAUCUUCUUCAGAGCUGACAAAACAGCAGCGGAGGAGAACCAGGAGAAGAAAGACAAGGAAGAAGCUUCUAGACCAGCAACCUCAAAUGGAACCCCAGGUGGUUCUGCCUCCUCCUCUGAUACCACCACGAAGUAAGAGCCCAAGGCCACAAUCCACAAUGGGCUUUUUCAAAUGGACAAUGUGGACAAAACGCCACAAGAUUCAGCGUUAUGGAGCUGUCGACAGUUGAAAUGUAAGCCUAACCCUGAGACACCGAGAAGUAAUGACUUGAGGUGUGAGAUGUGGGCAUUGAUCCUUCUCGUUCUGUAAAGGGGUAAGGGGCAGGACUCUUGGCACCCCUUGGAGAAUAGUUGGAUGUUGGGUAAGAACUUAUGAAGGUACCUCUGAGGCCUGGAACUCAGGAAAUGCUGCCUUUUUUUUGGGGUGGGGAGGGGUUUCAGGCCCGACAGUAGGGUUUCCCACUCCACGAUACUUGGUGACAUGCUGGCUUCAGCCAAGUCACGCACUGAGCGGACUGCACAUGCCCCUGCUUUUUUGGACAGCUCUGUUCUCUGACCUCUAAUUUUUAAUAAAAAUUCUGUCCAAUUAUAGUUUUGCCCCAUUAUUGUUCUGUCAGCCACAUUAAUUGUUAUGCAUGAGUGGAAGGAUCUGGAACCGUUUUUAACAUUAUGAUGUAGUCAUGUAAAGCACUUUUUAAGGAUAGAAUGAACUUUUAUGUUGCAUUUAAGUUUGGUAAGUUUCUACUGAAAACCACUGGAAGACCAGCUCAAAGGCAGAUGUUUGAAUGCCUGCCCCUUGUCCUCAUUGUGGGGCUCACGUGCAUUAGUUAAUAGUUUAAGGUUUAAAAAAAAAAAAGUGUAUAGCUCACUCUGUGUGUGCUCUUCCAUUUUCCCCUUUGCAGGUGACUUGAAGGUUGAAUGGCCUGAUUGCGUAGAGAUCGAGCCUUCGUUGUUGAGAGGUUGUUCAUAAAUAACUGAACCUGGUUGACAGUCAGUGUCAGGUUACAUACAUAGACAUACUGUAUCUUUGCUUUACAGUAGUUCUUUGAGGAGAAUCCACUCUUGCAUAAGUAUGAGAGGUAUUUGAUGUUACCCAUUCCCCAGUCUUAUAUUUCCCUUCUGUCAAGUGCCCAUUUGACUUAAUGCAAGUUGUUCAUAAUUCAGAAAAACCAGCAAAUGUAAUCAAAAAUGAAUGUCAGCAUAGUUCAGCUAAGGCCUUUUCUUUUUUUCCCCAUUUUGUUGCUUUUGUUUUUACCUAGUAAAUAUGUCACAUUGUGUUAUGGAUUACAUUUGUCACAUAAUGUGCAGUUUCGCUUAAACAUCCACUGAGGGGUUUUGUCAACCAAAUGAAUUCAGUUAUUUGACAAGUGAUGUGAUUUAGGGGGGGGAAAAAAUUGUUGGCAAUUCAACACAUGGUAAACUUUUUAAAAUU